AUGGUCAAUUUAAAAGGAGCAUGCCUGGCGACCUCCCUGGACCUGCUGCUUCCGCGCCUGUUGGCGGCCAUCCGCCUCGGAGACCUCGUCAUCUCCAGCCCUCGGAACACUCACAUCGCAUCCACACUGACACCGCACAAUUACCGCAAGCUGUUAACGCAAACGCGUGCUUUGUUUACAAACAGAAAGCGCGCGAACCGCCAAGGCCGAAUGACAGUCGUGCUGUUGCCGAAAAAAGUUUACUAUGCCGGUCGCGUGGUUUUAGGCACGAGCGUCGUGGUGAAGGCACAGCGAGGCACUGGCGUGGCGUCAGCUGGCCUCACGCUGUGGCCCCGCCACUCGAUGAUGGGUCCGCGGCCGCGCCUGAUAACG